AUGUCGGCCGAAAAGCGUCCCGCCGAGGACGACCCUAGCUCCUCCCAGAUGCUCGUCAAGAGGCAGAAUGUCAGCAAUUCAGAGGGGGCGCUGGCGCGCCUGAACGCGUCCAGCGGCGCAUUGGUUCAGACUAGCACAAGGACGAGCGGAUUGCAAGCGCCUGUGAUGGAGCUUUCGGGACACACUGGGGAGAUUUUCACCGCGAAAUUCGACCCGACCGGCAACUUGAUUGCCUCUGGCUCAAUGGACAGGAGCAUUAUGCUUUGGAAAACGUACGGCGACUGCGAAAACUAUGGCCUCCUAAACGGCCACAAGGGCGCGAUUCUCGACCUGCAGUGGUCGCGCGACUCGGAAAUCCUCUACACCGCUGCGGCGGACAUGCACCUGGCCAGCUGGGAUCUCACGUCCGGCACCAGAAUACGAAGAUACGUCGGGCACGAAGAAGUCGUCAACUCGGUCGACAUUAGCCGCCGCGGCGAGGAUCUCGUCAUCAGCGGCAGCGACGACUCCACCAUUGCGAUUUGGGACCCGCGCAGCAAACAUGCCGUCGACUACAUCCAGACCAGCUUCCCCGUCACGGCAGUGGCCCUGUCUCGGGCCGGAAACGAAAUCUUCUCGGGCGGCAUCGACAACGACAUUCGCGUGUGGGAUCUGCGCAAGAAGUCGGUCGUCUACUCCAUGCUGGGCCACUCGGAUACCAUCAUGUCGCUCAAGGUGUCGCCAGACUCGCAGUCCCUGGCGUCGUACGCCAUGGACUCGACCGUGAGGACGUGGGACGUUCGACCCUUUGCCCCGACGGAAAGACACAUCCGGACCUUUGACGGCGCCCAGGUCGGCAUCGAGAAGAAUCUGAUGGGCGUAAGCUGGGACGCGGAAGGCAGAAAGCUCGCUGCGCCGUCGGGCGACGGCACCGUGCUCGUGUGGUCCAGCGAGAACGGCAAGCUGCUGUACAAGCUACCUGGCCACCGGGGCACGGUCAACUCUGUCGACUUUUCUCCCGGCAAGGAGCCCAUCUUGCUAUCGGCUUCCUCAGACCGCAAGAUGCUGCUCGGAGAGCUGAAAUGA